AUGGGUUCAAAAAUCAGACGACACCGACGUUGAGCGCUUUCAUCUCCGCCAUCUCAGAACUUCUCCGCAGAGCGAAGCUGAGGGUCCUCGUAAUCAGCCACCGUAACUCUCUCUCUCUCUCUCUCUCUCUUUCUCCGCAGCCACAGUGAAGUUGCUGCUACUGAGAAUUCUCUGCUUUGCGCGGGCUCCAAAUUGCUGCCUCCAGCAGUUUCAGUAACUGACGUAGCCGGACAGUCGAAGUAUGUGACGAGUUGUGUCGGAAUUUGGACAAGUGACAAGGGUUUUUGAUCGGUUGAAGCAUGAUAACCGCUAGCGAUUUUUGAAACUCCUGGGGCUUCCGCAUUUCAGGUCACGCGAGCAAUUCGGGGGUUCGCUUUCAAUGCUGUAGUUGCCGAGUGUGGUUGCCACGAUCACAUGGCGUACCAUCAAUCCGCGAGCAUUCACGUUCAUUCCUUGUGGAGGAGUUUCAUCUGGUCCAGGACUAACUUGGCAAGACCCAGAAGCAUUGGCAGAUUAAAUCCCACAAACCGUCUACCCGUUUCAUCGAGAAAGGGCCACUAUAUGCUGGCAAAACGUUCGUUCGCAACUCUACCUGGAGUUAUCACUGCAACUUCUUCUAGGAAUUCGGUGAUUCCUUCUAAAACUAGUCUCAUGGUAGGCCAAGAUGCACUUUUGGAUCCAGUCAAUCAGGAAGAAAGAGAAGCAAAGGCCGAUUCUUCCGGGGGCAGGGUAAUGCUAGUUGAUGGCACAUCAGUUAUAUAUAGAGCAUACUACAAGCUUUUGGCCAGGUUGCAUCAUGGGCACUUAUCACAUGCAGAUGGGAAUGGAGACUGGGUUUUGACUAUUGUUACAGCUUUAUCUCUUAUCAUUGAUGUCCUUGAAUUUGUCCCUUCCCAUGCAGCAGUGGUAUUCGACCAUGAUGGAAUUCCAUUUGGUCAUACUUUUAAUCCGUCCAAAGAAAGUGUCAUGGCUAAAGGUCUGAAUUUUCGGCAUACUUUAUACCCAACAUACAAGAGCAACCGUCCCCCCACACCAGACACCAUUGUCCAGGGACUCCAAUACCUGAAAGCAUCCAUCAAGGCCAUGUCCAUCAAAGUAAUUGAGGUGCCUGGUGUUGAAGCUGACGAUGUGAUUGGAACCUUGGCUGUGAGGAGUGUUGAGGCAGGCUACAAGUGCAUCUUUCUACAGGAACUACUUGAUGCCGUCAAUCUUCUGUGCCUAAUAGGGGUCCCAACCUUUUCUCAGGUUCGGGUCGUCUCCCCAGACAAGGACUUUUUCCAGAUUUUGUCUCCUCCAUUACGUCUUCUGCGCAUUGCUCCGCGUGGUUUCGAUAUGGUCUCCUUUGGGAUGGAGGAUUUUGCUAAAAAAUAUGGAGCUCUAGAGCCUUCUCAAUUUGUUGAUGUCGUGUCACUUGUAGGUGACAAGUGCGACAAUAUCCCGGGAGUUGAAGGGAUUGGCAAUGUCCAUGCAGUGCAACUGAUUACUAAAUUUGGCACAUUGGAAAAUUUGUUGCAAUGUGUGGAUCAAGUUGAAGAGGAGCGGAUAAGAAAGGCUUUGAUAGCGCAGGCUGAUAAUGCUAUCCUCAGCAAGAACUUGGCAUUAAUACGUUCAGAUCUUCCGUUCUACAUGGUACCAUUCACCACUGAAGAUCUCACAUUUAAGAAACCUGAGGAUAACGGGGAGAAAUUCACCAGCCUUCUAAAAGCCAUUGGUGCAUAUGCUGAAGGAUUUUCAGCUGAUCCAAUCAUUCGAAGAGCUCUUAAUAUGUGGAAGAAACUUGAACGGCGGUGAUCAAUUGUACUUCUUGUACAGUCGAUCAAUAGCCACCAAUAGCAUGGUACCCCUGAGUGAAUAUUCUUCAGCGACAUUGGUCGAAGAUUAUGGGUCACCUCCUCCUCACAAUUAUUUCUGCAGAGGCUGGAAAAGGAAACCCAUGGCUCAGUAUGUGAAGAUAGUAGGCUUCAGAACUGCAUGGAAGAAUAGCUACUUAAAUAACAAUUUCUGAGGCCUUUCCAUUUUCACGUGUAUUCUUGCCCGUUUUGCUGCAUUGAGACUCAAUGCUGCACCAUCACCUGUUUCAUGGAAGGGUGACGGAAGAAUGAUAAUGUGUUGAGCGUACAAGGUGGAGAUUGAUACUGUUUUUGUGUCAAUGGUUUGUGGAUAAAAUCUAAUGGGAACAAUCGGCUGCCAAAGCAAGAAACAUGGCAAUACUUCUCUCCUGUUAAUCGAUCAUAAGUGCAAUUUUCCUCUUCAUGUGCAAGCACCGAAGCAGUGCUGUAAGAUUUCUGCUGGUUUUGUAAGAUUACAUUUCUCUGAAUAUAAUCUGCGGAGAGAUUAUUAAAUUGGAUGAGUAAUUCCCUACUA